GCCUCAGCUCUGAUGUCUGCAGAGGCAGCUGCCUCCAUGUGUGACCUGGAGUUUGGGGGCAUCAAGGUGAAGGAGCCCAGCAAGGGGGGCAGGUGGCGCGAGGGCUGGUAUGAGCGAUACCUGCAGCCCUGCCUGGUCGAACUGCUGGGCUCGGCCCUCUUCAUCUUCAUCGGCUGCCUGUCGGUCAUUGAGAACAGGCCGGACACUGGGCUGCUGCAGCCGGCACUGGCCCAUGGGCUGGCCCUGGGCCUCGUCAUUGCCACGCUGGGGAACAUCAGUGGCGGACACUUCAACCCUGCGGUGUCCCUGGCAGCCAUGCUGGUCGGAGGUCUCCACCUGACGAUGCUUCUUCCCUACUGGAUCUCCCAGCUGUGCGGGGGGCUGAUCGGGGCCGCCUUGGCCAAGGCAGUGAGUCCUGAGGAGAGGUUCUGGAAUGCGUCUGGGGCAGCCUUUGUGACGGUCCAGGAGCCGGGGCAGGUGGUAGGGGCAGUGGUGGCAGAGAUCAUCCUGACGACACUGCUGGUGCUGGCCGUGUGCAUGGGUGCCAUCAACAAGAAGACGCAGGGUCCUCUGGCCCCAUUCUCCAUCGGCUUCUCUGUCACCGUGGAUAUCCUGGCGGGCGGUGCUGUGUCUGGAGCCUGCAUGAAUCCCGCACGAGCCUUUGGACCUGCUGUGGUGGCCAGCUACUGGGACUUCCACUGGAUCUACUGGCUGGGCCCGCUCCUGGCCAGCCUGGUUGUAGGAGGGCUCAUCAGGUUCUUUAUCGGAGAUGGGAAAACUCGCCUAAUUCUAAAGGGACGGUGAAGCUGAGAUGGUGGGAUUCCUGCUGC